AUGGGAAAGACAUUUAAAAAUAUCCACGCUUGUGCCAUUGGCAAGUUCCCUGUCCACGGGGAUAAGAUCCCACAGUGGAUACGAGCCCAUGGAGGGACCUUCUCGAAGGAGGUCACCGAGGAAGUUACGCACUUGAUUACCACGAAGGACACCUUCGAAAAGAAUGUCGAAGCAGUUCAAAAAGCCAAGCUUCUGGAAACAGUCAAGAUAGUGACCUACGACUGGCUCGAGGAUUCUUUGCAGUCCAAAACCCGUAAGCCGAAGCCUGAGGGAGCCUACCUCUUGGCGAAUAUCUCGAACAAAGAGAAAAAGAAACAGAGACGAGCCGCAAAGGUCCAGACGAGGCAGUUGAAGGCUAAGGACAAGUCAUCGGCACCUGGAAACGAUUCGUCUAAGCCAAAGUCUCGAACCAGCAAGGGGAAAGCCUUAACUGCAGUGAACUAUCACAUCUAUGUUGACAAGAGCACCGGGGAAACGUACAGCGCUACUAUUUACCGCCAUUUAUCUCGGAACAAUACACGCGAGAAAUUCCAGAUCAAGGUCCACGAGUCAAACGACGUUCCUCACACUUACGCAACGCAAGCAAAGUACAGUCGCACCGGAAAGUCCACUGACGAGAUUCUCGCGUCUCCCGGCAGUGACCAGAACACUGCGAUAGCAGCAUUCAGAGACUUUUUCGCGGCCAAGACGGGGAAGGAUUGGGAGCGUCGACUGGAUGGGAUCCUAGUGCCUCCAAAGCAGGACGUUGAUGGAAAGGAACUUCCACCCCACGAGGGCUGGUUUUACUAUGAAACUGGCAGAUCUCUUCUUUCGAACUUUCUUCGCCAGGUUGAGACUCGAAGAUUUGCAGCGGACCAGGGUGCUGAGCAAAUCGCUAUCGGCUCGAGCAACGAUGACCGUGGUCCUUUGACGCCGCCGGAUAGUAAAGACGAAUCAGUCAAAGACCUAAGCCUGCGCACAUGGUGUUUCUGA